UGUGUCGCGAAAACAUCUUCCAUUCAUUCGUUCGUCGCCGUGUCUGCGGUCAAGUCCGGAACGUCGUCGCGUCGCACUUUCACUCGUCGUGUCUGUUGAUGUGAGGAUUAUUUUCUGGUGUUUUGGUGAAUUUAAUAAAUUUUGAAGGGCGUUGCUGAAAAAGAAAAACAUUUUGCGUGAAAAUUGAUGAAAACGGUGAUUAAUUUGAAUAGUAGAUGCAUUGCGGAAAGAUUUUCUUGCGAUGAAGCCAUUCGAGUGUCGCCCUGGCAGUGGAUGAUGGUGAUGAAAAAAUGGCAACAUGGGAAAAAUAAAAAGUUUCCCUUUUGCUGCUUGUUGAGACCCGUAGCAGAGCUUUCAGUGAUUGGCACUUUCUUGUAAUUAAAAUUUCUCAGAGGAACUUAAACUGAGGAAAAGUUUGCUUUUAUUUUCAAAAUAAAUUGAGAUUAGUGACUAUCGUGUAUUUUCUUUUAUACUGCUCGAGAAAAGUGUUGGUUGUGCAAAGGAAGAACUUCUUGCGAAGAAGUUGAACUGGAGGAAAACGCUUUUGGAUACCAAAUUUUGCGGCCAUCUUUCCAUCGUCGUUGUUGUUGUUGCUGUUGGGUACGUGUGCAGCACCGCGACGCCCAGACGCAGAGCAAACGAAGCGGAUAGAAGAACCUUUUGGACGGAGAGUGUUGAGCUGCUGCAGUGUAAAGGUGUGAGUGAACAUCCUAGGGUGGUGUUAGUGAGUGUAUUUUGCGGUGGUGGAUCGAAUUUUCGUGGAACCCCAAAGUGGGUCGCCUGCGGAUCAGUGAAUCGUUCAGUUCGAAAAGAAAACAAUAAGGGCACAAUAAACCCUUGAAGGUGUCGAUGCAAAAUUGAUUUUGAUGAGUUAAUAAAAGUGAAUCAAUUGCGUCCAUACGAUUCGGAUUAUAGAAGUGCUGUAGCUCGCAGUGUGAGCAACCAGAAGAAGAGUGAUGUCUUCGCAAACUACAACUCCCGGUGCUUCCGGUGCUGCAGCAACAGCGGCUUCGGCAGCGGCUGGCGUUGCCAACAUGGAGACCGAUGAUCUGGUCGAUCCAAUGAAUGAUUUUCUGCCGCUGCUGCCGGAGAAUAUCAAACAGGAGCUGUUUGAAGGCACGGCUGCUGCGGCCGCCGCUGCCGCAGCUGACAAGGGCACGGCCAAUCCGUGCGAUAGCGCUGAGAACAAGGGCGACGCUCCGGAAACCGCGUCCACCGACACACAGAUUCAGACCAAGUGCGUCUGGUGUCAGCAGAUUCUGGCCACCACCGAUCGGCCGAAGCUGUUGGAAUGCUUACACGUGGCAUGCGAUCCCUGCAUCAAACAGAAAUUCUCCGACCUGCCGCACAACACGCCGGUGCUGUACUGCCCUGUGUGCAAGAUGGAAUCCCGGAUGGAGUUCAUCAUCGACAACGUGUUCCUGAGUGAAAACACGGCGGACGAUAAUCCCGGAAGCGUGGAGUCAACGAAGGAUAUGAUCAAGUGCAGUAGUUGCUCGGACGACGCCAUCGCCACCUCGUGGUGCGUUGAGUGUGCGGAAUUUAUCUGUGAUAGCUGUGUGCAGGCGCAUCAGCGGCUCAAAAUCACCAAGGAGCACACGAUCAAACCGAAGGAGGCGGCAUGCAGUGAAACGCCCGGAAGCAGUGGCCUCCCCGGGAAGAACAUUAUGUGUCACAUACAUUCGCAGGAAAAACUGUCCCUCUACUGCGAGACGUGCGACCGGUUAACGUGUCGCGAUUGCCAGCUAGUGGACCACCGAGAUCACAAGUACAAGUUCGCCAACGAGAUUGCCAGUGAAACGAGGAACUCGCUGCAGGCGCUCCUCAGCGAGAUCGGCUACAAAAAGGUGCUCCUCUCCAGUGCAAUGAAGGUGAUAGACGACCGACAGGCGCUGAUAACCGAGAAGAAGAAGGAACUGUCCAAAGAGAUUGCCGACCUGGUGGUGAAGCUGACCAAUGCCGUCAACAUGCGCGGCAAGCAGCUGGUCUACCGGUUGAAUCAGGUGUGUGACACGAAACUACAGGUACUAAACGAAAAGAAGGAAGCACUUCAGUUGUUAUCUGGUCACACGGAUCAUUGCAUAGAGUUUGUGCAAAGUGCCCUGGAGAAGGGCAGUGACAGCGCAGUUCUGUACAGCAAGAAAACGUUGGCCAGGCAUUUACAAAAAGUGAAAUGUCAACGAGCAGAUAUCCCCAACCCGGAGAUACCGGUUCGAGUACAGUUGUUCCUAUCGAAUGUUCCUGAGCUGCAAAAUGUUAUAGCUCGCAUUGGUACGAUUCUUGUCGAUGGAAAAGUAUACCCACCUCCACCUGGGCCUGCCGGCGCCGUUGGUGUCCCACAAGUACCCGGAGUAGUUCAAAACAGGUCCAAACAGCCCAGUCCUAACAUCACACCUCCUCUGCGGCCAGGCAUGCCCGGUCCAGGAAUGACAACGUUAACUUCCAACAAUGCCAACGGGCCCGGAGGGUUCCCAAAUGUGCCACCUAUGUACAAUGGAAACGGAGGAGUCCCGGUGGGAGGUGGUGCUUUCCCACCGAAUCAUCCAAUGGGACGAACGUUUUCCCAGGAAAAUGGUCCCGGAGGUGGUUUCGGGAGAUUCCCGAUGGGUCCGCCACAUGGCAUGCCACCUCAACAGCACGUCAGUUCCUCCACACAUCCUCAGAAUAUGGAUUUACGUAAUCUCUUGAGUCAUCAAAAAUCGAGCGGACCUAAUCGCGGUUCGCCCAACAAUGCUCCGAGUUCAGCUGGCAAUGCUAAUGUUAAUAAUCAAUUCAACACAGCUAACUACAUGGGUAGUGUUCCACCUGGUUCAGCAGGUCCGCAGCAUAGGAUGGCUGCCCAAAUGGGUGGUGCGCCUCCCGGUUAUCUAGCAGCCGCAGGACACCAGAACUUCAAUCAAGGACAACCCGGCCCAAACAGCAACGGUAUGGGUAUGGGUGGUAACAAUCCACGUUUCCAAAACUUCCAAAGAUUUGCUAUGCCUCCGGCCGCCAUGCGACACAUGAUGGGAAAUAAUACUUCUACUCUCCUCACACCAAAGCAGCAAGCAGCAAUGCGCUAUCCUGGUCAGCAGACCCCGCCCGGAUACAACCCUAAUUCGCCACAGCCUGGUCAGAUGCAACCACAGCAUCCGAGUGGGAGCAAUAGCGGGGGAGGCGGGGGAGGAGGUGGCGCUAAAUGGCACAUUCCUCAAAAUAUGCAAGGACAGCAAAACAAUGGGUUUGGAGGUCCAUCUGGACUACAUCUGUUCGGAAAUGGACCAAACGAGUCGUUCAAAAUACCCUUGAAAUCGCCGGAUACGAUGCGAAAUUCGAUGAUGAUAAACGGCAGUAAUGUUGGCCCGGGAGGACCAGGAGCUCCAAAUCAAAUGGCGCAUCACCAUCAACAACAGCAACAACUUCAGCAGCAGCAGCAACAACAGCAACAGCAGCAGCAACAACAAGCCAAUCAUCACCUCCAGCAGUUGCAGAAUGCGCUUCCGAAUGUCACUUCCACCAAUCCGAAGACUCCCUCACCUAGUACGAAUGAACCUGGAAAAGACUUUGCCGAAUCAAUAGACAAAACCUGCGAAGAUUCGGUGAAUGACCUGAUGGCAACCAUCGCAAAAUUAGACUCGAACGGUGUGCAGGUUCUACCGGAAGGUCAUCGUGGUAAAACCACCUCGCCACAAGUACACAGCUCAACGGAUCUCAACACCAGCGGAAUGGUGGCAGGUGCUGGCGCUGGAGUACUCGUGGACGACAAAAGCCUCCCCAAGGAGCUGGACCCAAACGAAGAUUGGUGCGCGGUGUGUAUGGAUGGAGGUGAACUGAUGUGCUGUGAUAAGUGUCCCAAAGUGUUUCACCAGACGUGUCACAUACCAGUGAUCGACAGUCUGCCGGACGAGAGCGAAACCUGGCAGUGUUUGCUGUGCUAUAAUUUUGCCGAUUUGCCACCGGGCGAAAAGCGAAACGUAGGAAUCACCCCGCUCGAGUUGAAGAUUCUGCAGAGGAUUAUACUGGAACUUUUCUGUCAGUAUGAAACCAGUAUGCCGUUCCGGCAUCUGGAACCGGAAGUUAACAAAGCGUACUAUGACAUUGUUUGCAACCCCAUCUCGCUAACGAUGAUUCGGGACAAGCUGGAGAUGACUAACCCUGAGCACUACACUGAUAUUUCGUCGUUCAUUGCCGACAUCAGGCGGUUAUUCAAUAAUGUGUAUCUGUUCUAUCAGGAAGACAGUAUCUCCUACAAGAGCGCCCAUAAGCUUGAAAAGUUCUUCGAGCAACAACUGGCCAAAUGGCUACCCAAGUAUCUGGAGACUGAAAGCUUUGUCGAUGAUUACCUGCAGAACCCAGCCAAGCGUAUCAAGAGCCUCCAAGAGGAUUAACAGUCAAUGACGGGCGGUGAGGGCGGUAUCGGACCGCAAGCGCCGCAAAACCGGUCUCCUCAGCAACCAAUUUCGCCCCAUAAACCGCAACAACAGCCACGGCAGCAUUUUUUUCACCACCAAAAUCUUCACCCAGCGGAACACCAUCAGCAGCAGAAAUUUCAGUCCCCUGGAUCCAGUGAUGGAUCCAGGGUUUUCGACAGUACAACCAACAGCUGUAGUAGCACCACUACAGCAACAGCAGCAUCAACCUCAGCAACAAUCAGCGUCAUCGCCACGGUGGGAGCAUCAGCAGCAGCAGACACAGGAGGGAGCGCAGACGGUCGAGCCCAGCAGCAGCAAGAUGGGAGGCCUAGUUCAAGGGAGAACAAAGCGACUUCGCAAGAUGCGAAUGGAGGUGGACUGGACGCUGUUGCUGCUGCCGCCGUCACCGAAGGGUCACCGAAAGAAGCGAAAACGGGUGCCUAAAAGAAAGCUGGACAAGGUUAAGAAGCAUAAGCAGGAGAAAAAACAAGUUCCCCCACUUACUCAGAAAGGGAAGUCAAAGGAACAAAAAAAGACGAAAGUAACAAAAAUGCGUUUGAAAAAGCAAAAGUUGUCUCAUGGUGAGCAGAAGCAAAAGGGAGAGGACGCCAAAUUGUAAAAUAACACCCGGAAUGUGUCGCGGAGCGAACGAAAUUGUAUGUGUUUGUGUGUUUGAUUUUGGAAUAAUGUCGGCAUGAAUCAAAAGAAAUGAUUUUUUCGUACCUAAAUGAGGACUUUCGAGAACGAAGAAAGAAUUGCAACAAAGAUGUAAAUAUUAGUUUCUUAGGAAUCUAUUUGGAUAAUGUAAAAUUAUGCAGUAAUAUAUUGUAUUAAGAGAUAAAAUAACCACAACUACAAUAAAACAAACACGCAAUCUCAAUCGAACAAAACUAAUUGAAAGAUCAAAUCUGGGCUGUUUCGCUGUUAUUUAGUAAUUCGAAUGAACUAAAUUUUAAAGAAAAAGAGAGCAGCCGCUGGUUUUUGUAACGAGCAUUUGGUUGCCGGUUGGAUGCUGCCCAAUCAUGCGGCUUUAUUGAUUAAUUUUAAUUCUCAUUUACAACACUAUUCUAUUAUUUAUUAUGUCACUCAAACAUUUAAUAGGUUAUCACUUAUUUACGAAUUAAAAUGUUAACGACAAGGUAUCGCAUAUGUAUACCAAUGGACAGAUUGUUGCGUAAAACGAAAUUAUUGGUGGAUGAUAUUCAGCAGCCAGAUCCGAGGACAUUCAAUGAAAGCAGUUACUCUUGGUACAGCGCAUCUUCAUAAAAUAAAAAAUAAUCCAUUAUUCUUGAACAAUUGUGAAUCAUAGAGUCCAUACGACUAACUGGUAGCAAAAUUAUUUCAAUUCCCAGAUAGCUAACCUAUCAACACAGAGAGAAUAAAAAAAUAAGUUUUUAAAGCCUCUAAGGAAUUUGUAAAAAGAAUACCGUUUUGCUCCUUAGCGGUUUUUUGUAGUUUUUUUUGUAGAGCUUGAUUACAAACUCUCUUUAUCUUCUAUCGGUACAUUUAUCUACACGUAGUUAAGGAAAGCGAGCUUUCUUCCGGUAUGAUAGUGAAACCUGUAAGAUUUAUUUUCCGUAUACGAGAAGAAACACCUAAACGUAGAUUCGUUAGUAGAUGCAGGGAGAUAUAAGUGGCUGGUUGAUAAGCCCAUUUGCAUAGUCUGAAGAGCACAGUGAGCAUCAUGCAAAAGGCUCUCUCGUUCUCCAUCAUAUUUCUCCUCGCCCCUAUCCCAUGACAGCAGAACACGCAACAAACUGCUACAAAGACAUUUCACUGGAUCAGAAUGAACAACGUGAAACUUGUAGAAAAAAAACACAGAAGAAGAAAUCACCGAACACCCAAAGUGGAGAACAAAAUAAAAACACGUAAAACUGAACUCAAAUUGUAA